AUGAAACCCAAACAUGCGAAGACCAAUGCACCAGAUACGACCGGUGUCGCGCCUGUUACCGUCACAAACGGGCAUGGCGACAUGGGAGAAAAGUCCAUCGGCAGAGGUGCAGAUGCUUUACUGGCAUAUGCUGACCCAUCCGGCGCCGUCUACCUGGAUGAAGCAACCAACCAAAGACUGCUGUGGAAGAUCGAUACGCGUGUGCUACCUUGGCUAUGCGGGCUGUAUAUCCUGCAGUACCUCGACAAAGGCGUCCUGAGCUAUUCCUCCGUGAUGGGCAUCUUGACCGAUGCGGAUCUGAGCACGAGCCAGUUCACCUGGCUGGGCAGCAUCUACUAUCUUGGCUACAUGACUGCCUUGCCCAUCCACAAUCGCGCGCUUCAGGUCUUCGUACCCUCAAAGUGGAUCGCGGGUAGCAUGGUAGCGUGGGGCCUCGUUCUUGCGUUCAUGACGCUCUGUAAUAGUUUCGCGGCCCUCAUGGUCCAGAGGGUGUUUCUUGGGAGUCUCGAGUCUGUAGUCAACUGCGGCUUUGUGCUUCUGACAGCCCGGUGGUAUCGCAAGUACGAGCACGCAGCGCGCGUGUCCAUUUGGAGUUCGUGCAAUGGCCUUGCGACCAUCGUCGGGGCCGUCAUCGCGUACGGCUGUCUGGCUGGAGUCGAGACCGGCCUCCACAUUGUACUGCCAUCCUGGAAGAUCAUGGCACUGUGCCUUGGACUCGUGUCCAUUGUCUACGGAGCUGCCAUGUUCCUCCUGAUGGCCCCGAGUUUGGUCGAGGCGCGCUUCUUCACCGAGGAGGAAAAGGUGCUCGCCGUCGAGCGAUUACGCCAGAACCAUCAGGGUAUCGGCUCGAGCGAGUUCAAGUGGUACCAGGUUCGCGAGGCCGUUUUAGAUGCUCGUACUUGGCUCUAUGUGCUUUUUGUUCUUACGUCGCAAAUCCCCACAGCUGGUCUGAGUCUGCUGUCCAGUCUGUUAAUCAAGUCGCUCAACUUUGACAGUAAGCAAACGCUCCUGCUCGGCAUGCCAGGCGGUGCUCUGCAGAUCAUCUUCCAGCUCUCAGCCGGCCUCAUCGCCGAUCGGACGCAGCAGCGCAGCCUGACAGCUCUUGUCAUGCAGCUCAUAUGCCUAUUUGCCGCCGGUCUGCUGAUCGGGCUGGCCAACGUCGGGACUCUGUACGACCGUGCUGGACAGCUGGCUGCAUACUUCAUCAUGGGCGGCGCCUCGGCCAUUGGCUACUUCUUGGUCCUCGCCACAGUGGCAUCAAAUGUACUUGGGACGACCAAGAAGACGACGACCAAUGUGAUCUUGUUCGUGUCCAUGGCGGCCGCCUAUCUGGUCGGGCCUCAGGUGUUCCGCGACCCGCCUUACUACUAUCGUGCGAAGUAUGCGACAGUGGGACUCUGGGUAGCGUCAGUAGUCAUCUUGAUGGUGCUAUACUAUAUGAAUAGGUGGGAAAACGAUAGACGGGAUAAGGCACAAGCUGUGUUGGCGCAAGAGGGAAUCGAAGCGGUGGCAAAUGUUGAGUUCCUCGAUCUUACGGACAGAGAGAAUGGUAACUUUCGCUACGUUCUUUAA